GCAGACGAGGCCUGCCCGGGAGAGGCCGGAGGAGGCGGAGCUCGGUAGCCGAGUCUUGACUGCUGGACCGCUGGCUUGGCUGCCGACGGAGGUCACAGGGCACCGGGCAAGGCCUAGCUCGUUGGCCGUGGUGGGGAAGCGGCACUGAUCGGGUUUGCUGCGCGCGGACAGGCGGGGCUCGCAAUGGGGGAGGUGGAGAUCUCCGCCCGGGCCUACGGGAAGAUGUGCCUGCACGCAGCUCGGUACCCGCACGCUGCGGUCAACGGGCUGCUGCUGGCCCCCACGCCGCGCUCCGGAGCGUGCCUCUGCCUCACUGACUGUGUGCCCCUCUUCCACAGCCACCUGGCGUUGUCCGUCAUGCUGGAGGUCGCGCUCAACCAGGUGGAUGUAUGGGGCGCACAGGCCGGUUUAGUGGUAGCCGGUUACUACCACGCCAAUGCAGCUUUGGAUGACCAGAGCCCUGGGCCCCUGGCCUUGAAAAUUGCUGGGCGAAUUGCAGAAUUCUUCCCUGAUGCAGUACUUAUUAUGUUGGAUAAUAAGAAACUGGUAACUCAGCCUCGUGUACCUCCAGUCAUCGUCCUGGAGAGCCAAGGUCCUCGCUGGGUACCCAAGGACAAGAACUUAGUGAUGUGGAGAGAUUGGGAAGAGUCACGGCAGAUGGUGGGAGCACUGUUGGAAGGCCGGGCCCACCAGCACCUUGUGGACUUUGACUGCCACCUUGAUGACAUUCGGCAGGACUGGACAAAUCAGCAGCUCAACACGCAAAUCACCCAAUGGGUUGGUCCCACGAAUGCAAAUGCCUGAGCCAGGAGGAUCAGAAUCCAAUAAAGAGAUAGGCUGGUGGG